AUGGAGGUGCGUUUUGGACAGGUUCCUCUGGCCGUUACGCACCGACACGGUGGCGUGAACCAGCUCGGCGGUGUCUUCAUUAACGGGCGCCCGUUACCGCACGUGGUGAGGCAGGGCAUCGUGGAGCUGGCGCAGCGGGGGGUUCGUCCCUGUGAGAUCUCCCGCCGCCUGCGAGUCAGUCACGGCUGUGUCAGCAAAAUACUGUCCAGGUACAAUGAAACAGGAAGCAUCAAACCAGGAAUGAUUGGGGGCUCUAAGCCCAAAGUGGCCACUCCCAGAGUCGUGCAAAGAAUCCUGCAUCUGAAACACGAACACCCCACUAUGUUCGCCUGGGAGAUCCGAGACAGGCUGGUGCUGGAGCGAGUGUGUGACCACAGCAGUGUGCCCAGCAUCAGCUCCAUCAACAGGAUCAUUAGGAACAAAGUCCAGUGUGAGUCUAAUGAAACUGUGUCAUCAGCAGCAUCUGUUGCCAUGGGAGCAGCUUGUUCCUCUGAGUCCAGCUUUUCUAUCAGCGGGAUUCUGGGAAUCAGAAAACACAGCAGUAGACAUAAACAAGAAGGGGACGUCUCCUGCGGCGCGAACCACAACCAGCCAUGUCCCUGUUAUGAUGCCUGGGGACAGUCUGACCCCUGCCUCACCUCGACCUCCAGCCUGACCUUUCACCCCAGCCUGCCAGCUAGUCAUAAUCCAAAUCUGUUAGGGCCUUCAUGUCACCAGUGCUUGAGGGGGAGCAUCAUUAGGGGCCCCAUGAUGGAGAACAGCGACCGUUUCCUCUCCUUUGUGAGCGUCUCCCCGGCCUUCCCCUCCAGCAUGAGGGAUUAA